GACACCAAACAAACCUAACCUUCGUUUCUAACGCUAAGACUAACGGCAACGACAGUUACGACGACAACUUACUUUAGCGUCGGUACAUCGAAUUUCAGCGACGAAGACAAUACCAUACAUAAUAUCGAAUCUCAUUAGUCAAAGUUGCAAUUUCAAUUCGGUACCAUGAGAACUGGAUUCCGAGGCUAGCCAUAAUGCUGGCUACCAUUGAUAUCCCUAUCUUACCUAGGUAGAUCGUGACUGGGGUUAUUUGCAGAAUUCUUUUGGUCUAACGGUUCACCUACCAGCUCUUUUGCCUAGAGGAGUUCGUGAAUGUGUUAGCUUAUUGAUUAGGAUAUCUCUCGGUCGAUUAUCCUCUCGAAGACGAGUCCUAUUUUGACUGCGAACGUGAUCACGGGCCCUGCCUCGACUCGUACCUAUCUCGACGAUCUGAUCUUAUAACCCCCCCAUUGUCACAUCAGUCUCCUGCUUGUCUCGGCGUUAUCUCUUAACCGCAUUUCCUUUGAUCUUCCAUUAUCUAGUAUAUCUAUCAAGACCUACGAUCGUUGCCGCACAUACGCCCCCCGAUACGAACUUUGCCGCUUUGUUGCGGCCAUACUCCUAAUUAAGGCGACUUACGCCUUUCUGUUCCGUUUCGCAUACUCGUCAUGUAUCAGAACACCCAGCAGAACCAGGCGCGGCCGUUCCAGGUCCCGCCGCCGCCGCCUAUGUCACCUCCUUCCGCUGGUCAACCUGGACAACUGAACACUAUGCUAAAUAUUCCUCCUCCGCCGCCCAGGUACCCCGGCGCGCCGACGACCACCGGCGGUGUGGUGCUACCACCACCUCCUGGUCCGCCACCGAACAGCGCUCUAGGGCCUCAACCACCGUGGCAAGCUAGCUGGGGACGUACUUAUAGCGGACAACCUAGCUUCACGAUUCCGCCUCCCCCCGCGGGUGGUCCCGUGCCGUCGUAUAACCCGAAACUCCAUUCCCAGGCCUCAAAUGGUGCCUUAUCGAUACCCCCUCCCCCGCCAGUUGAACUUAUGUCGAACGCUUAUAGACCCGGAAAUGACACCAACGAAGCGAUGGUAUCUGCAACAUAUAUUCCAGGUGGGGAUACAUACGGAGAGGGUGUUGGCAUACCUGGCUUCUUCCCUGAAGACAUGGGAACGCAAUCGACGACCACCCAAACCUCGUGGCCCACAACCAGCCAGACAAGCAGCACGAAUACCAUGAGUACUACAUUAACUGACGACGGCAAUCGUGGAUUGCUAUACGCCAAUGCGUUCCAUAACCGGAUGCUGUCGACUACUUCAAACGCGACAACCAGUCAUUCCGAACUCCCCCCUGAGCUAGCAGCUAAGUGGCCACUAGACCAUGUACUGCUAUGGCUAGCUGCGAAUCACUUCUCGAAAGAAUGGCAGGAGACGUUCAAAAAUCUUAAUAUACACGGGGCGCAAUUCCUUGAGCUUGGUAGUCAGAAAGGCGGCCGAGGGAAUUUCGGAAUGAUGCACCAACUUGUGUAUCCGCGAUUAGCACAAGAGUGUGUCAAUAAUAACACGGCUUGGGACCAACCACGAGAAAGGGAAGAAGGGAAACGGAUGCGCCGUCUUAUACGAAGCAUAGUUACUGGGAAACCAGUCGACAGUGCGAAAUCUUUACCGUCUCAUGCCAGUAAAGAAUCCCUUACCGGCACUUACACGCAAGGUGCCGGUACAGACGCAGAUUCUCCAAACACACCUAUCAGAUUAGGGUCCAGUACUAGAGGGUUUUCGCAGACGCGAGCUACGACUAUGCCAACCCUUAACCAAACGAUGAGUUCGGAUUCUAAUCAUCGUUCUAUAUUAAAGAAUAUUGAUAUCGAGAGCAGUCGAAAGCUAAGUCCCAAUUUGAGUGAGCACGGAGAUGGAAACUAUCGGGCACCACUACGGAGCGACAGCCCCGGAUCGAGUCCCAAAUUAUCAAGUUCAUUUUCACAGCAACCCUCGUCAGGUAAUCUAUCGCCAUCGACCAGAUUUCAUCACAAAUCCCGAAACAGUACCGACUCGCUUUCCUCGAAUGCAGCGAGAUACGGCUCUGGAGUGUCUCCCGAGGUCGGUCAGAUGUGGCGAAAUGGUAUGAGUGGAAUCGAGGACAUGAUUCACUCCAGUCGCAAUGAUCGACGUCACAAUACUGAUGGGAAGCAUGCGGAGUCCGGUGAUAGGCCUGCUUCGGCAGAGCCAACUUCCGCGAAGGAUAACAAAAGCUUUUUGGGCUUUUUGAAACGAAGAAACAAGCAAAAAGAAGACGGCUCGUUCCCUUCCCCAGACGAUGCAGAUUCGCCUACGAGUCCCCAUCUGCUAAGGUCUCGGUUUGGCACUCCUCCGCCGGAAGCAGUCCAAGAUUCCGCCCCGACGUUCAGGCGCAGUAAAAAUGGCCCCCGAGUAUUUGUGCUUGUAACGCUAGAUGGGUGGAAUUACCGACUAUGCGACGUUACUGAUUGUGAUACUGCGGCCGAUUUGCGUGCUAGUGUCUGUAUGAGUCUUGGGCUUUCGGAUCCGAAGGGGUUCGAAAUCUUUCUAACAGAGCUAGGACGAGAAACACAUGACGAAGCACUAGAAGAUCAGAGCCUAUGGAUUCAUAAGCGCAACAAGGGCGAUGCGAACGGUUCCCUAAAAUUCUUCGUCAAAUUGAACAAAUCUGGGGAAGGCAGCCGCAAUAUUCCUACGGUGGUUCCAUCGGGAGGUCAACUAACACCCGGUUCUAACAUAAACGAAGACGCUUACGCUCACCUCAAUGGCCGUACAAGAUCUAGUUCAUCGCCCCCCUCCUCGAGAACGAAUACUAUUUCCACUGGUUCAAAACCAAAUGAUCCAGAAUUGGCGGUCAAAGCUAGCGAAUAUCGUGCUGAAGUCGAAAAACAGCAGGCUGCAUAUCUUGCUAAACGAAGGCAAGUCCUAAAGGAAUCAUCCCCACUAGAGAACUCUCCCCAAACAGGAAUCGUCGGUAGGAAUGUAGACUUUGACCACCCGCGUGUCUCUCCGUUUGAGGAGAAAAAGCCAGACCUCUUCCCACAGAGAAAGGCGCCGGCGCCUCCAGGUGUAGAGACUGCCACACUAAUCAAGGCAAAUUCUUUGAGUAGGAAAACCGGUCAUAAUAUGCGACUGUCACAAGGCAGUCUAGAUGGAUUCCCUAGUCCCAGGCGGCCUACUACUGCAAAGAGCGAAGCGAGCCCGGAACAGUGCCAGAGACCGUCGACAGGACUCACGUCCCCAGGGCCCCCCUCUCCGCCGGCAGGAUCGGCCCUCGGUGCCUUGAUUAAUAUGGGAAGUGCUUGGGGCCGACUGGCUCGGCCGUCAACAAUACCGCUACAACAGCGCCCGGUAUCGCCCCCCCGGAAUACUUCUGCACCCGCAGCUAGUACGGACUCGGUAGAACAAAGAGGUAAGGGAGCAAUGGCAAGCGUUGAUUUUGGCGUUACUGCAUCAGGUCGCAGUAGUUCUCGGUCGAGGUCUGGUUCGCCCGGCUCCCUAACAUGGAGCCGUGGUGAUAUACCAUUCGUCGUCCCAGACUACUCGCCUGGUGGCACCCCAAUCCUUGGCAACCGGGGCAAAUCUCAGCUUGAUCCGAUUACUAAAAUGCGUGACAUAGCACAACGAGUCCCGUCCCCCGGCGACCUAAGUCCGAGCCAUCCCGCUCCAGGAGCCACCGCCGGGCCAGGAAAUCCCACAACCAACCGGCCCAAAUCCUACGGACCCAAUGUGGACUUUACCGAGACGGACGUACAGUUUUCAGCUCCAUUAGUGUCUACCAAACCGCCGGAUGAUGAUUCGGGUGACGAUGAUUCCGAUGAUGGCCUAUUUGCUAUUCCGAUGAGAGGAAGGCAACCCUCGAAGAAGGCAGUGCGCAAGCAACCGAGCCGUAAUGAGACGAGCGUACUUGACAGCGAUUCGGAGUCCAGCGAUAGCAAAAAGCCAAACUUGAGGGUUAAGACUUCGAGGUCUAAGAAGACUCUUUCGGUAUCGUUUAAUUCACCGGGUACUUCUAACACGCCCGAUUUAGAAGAUGACGAGGGGAGUAUCCGAAGCGGACGAGACUCUCAUCGCCGUACACCUGCUACGCCUGGUUCGGAACAAUGGCAGUCUGAUGAUAGUAAGCUUAACCGCCGGAAAUCAUUUGUUGACCGUGGCGUAUGGGCCAAUCGUCCACCUCCCGAGGCUUUGCUUAGCAAUCUUGAUGCUUUCUUCCCCGAACUCGAUCUUGAUCAGCCUGUACUCGAUGAGAAUGAGCUUCCUGUGUCGCCUAUACCCGAACACGAGGAAUUUCCCGGCGGGAUCAGCAAAGCAGGUCCAUCCACAUUGGAUGUCGAUCCUCUAGCGCCUGCUGCUGGAACCGGUACUGCAAAAUCUUCGGUGUACAACGAGAGCGAUACUUUAGGUUCAGACGAGUCUACUUUAAAAGCACUUGAGCGCCCUCCUUCGAUUGCCUCGGUCGCAACACGGAAUGUACAGCGUUCUAGCGGACUUGGCCGGAUGAAAUCCAUUCGAGAGGUAGCACGAGGUGCGCACGAAGCGAACAAGCGUUAUACUACCUCCUCGGCCGGUGCCGGUGCUGGAGCAUCGUCGAUGAUCCAACGGCGGAAAAGCACGAAGAUGUUUGGCGCUAACGUCGUGCAAAUACGUCCUGAACGUGGCUCGAUGAUUGUGCCACAGAUUCCCCAGGACGUCUUACCGAAGCGGCAGACUACUUUCCGGUGGUUCAAGGGUGAGCUUAUCGGUAAAGGAACGUACGGACGUGUAUAUCUCGGCAUGAACGCAACGACAGGUGAAUUCUUAGCCGUCAAAGAGGUUGAAGUCAACCCGAAAGCAGCGGCCGGUGAUAAGAACAAAAUGAAGGAGCUACUAAAAGCCCUAGACCAGGAAAUAGAUACGAUGCAGAACUUGGACCACGUGAAUAUUGUACAGUAUCUUGGCUGCGAGAGGAAAGAAACGAGCAUCAGCAUCUUUCUGGAGUAUAUUUCUGGUGGUAGCAUUGGGUCUUGUCUGCGCAAGCACGGGAAGUUCGAGGAACCGGUGGUGAGCUCAUUAACGCGGCAGGCACUUUCAGGUCUGGCCUAUCUACACCGAGAAGGUAUCUUACAUCGGGACUUGAAAGCCGAUAACAUUCUGCUAGAUGUGGAUGGGACAUGCAAAAUUUCCGAUUUCGGAAUAAGCAAGAAGACAGACAAUAUUUAUGGUAACGACAAAACUAAUUCGAUGCAAGGGUCGGUAUUCUGGAUGGCUCCCGAAGUGAUCCGAUCCCAAGGUGAAGGUUACAGCGCGAAGGUUGAUAUUUGGAGCUUGGGAUGUGUGGUCUUGGAGAUGUUCGCUGGCAGAAGGCCCUGGAGCAAGGAGGAGGCUGUCGGCGCGAUCUACAAAAUCGCAAAUGGCGAGAUACCACCGAUUGCAGACGACGUGCGCGAGGCGAUCAGUCCCUAUGCCCUAGGAUUUAUGCUGGACUGUUUUACAGUUGAUCCCAGGGACCGCCCCACUGCCGAACGUCUGCUAAGACAACACGAAUUUUGUGAGCUCGACGCGGACUAUAACUUCUUCGAUACCGAACUUUACGCCAAGAUCAGGGGCACUUUUCAGUAGAUGUGCAACUCAGAAGGGAUGUUAGUGAUGUUGGAGACUAUGAAGGACUGUUCUAGAUCAUGAAUUGUUUGGACCACCUAGGUAAUGAUUGUGUGACGAUUUCUUGAGCCGCCUUAGCGAGCACUUGAAUAUACUGGUCUGAACACAACGAACCAGUAUCCAGUAUACGUCUACGCAGCGGCAAAUAUGAAUGGAUAGGAUCCCGUUCUGGUACGUGAUAUAGAUAUAUGGGAGGCUCUCGUAUAGGCAUUUAUACUUUUUUCGACCUUGCUCACUCCUUCGCAAAUCCAGCGCGGCGUUUGAGAGAAGCAAGAUUUAGGGCAGCUAAGCACAAUUGAAUGUUCUAUAAGGGCUAGGUCUAGAAGUUAGCGCUGCGUGCAUACUCAAGUGUAUAUGUACCUACCUACCUAUGUACGUAG